AUGGCGGACGGCAUGCGGCUCGAGCACAUCGGAUCAACGGCUGUGCCGGGUAUACCGGCUAAGCCGGUCAUCGACGUUCUCUGCGUUGUCCCGUUUGCCUCUCUCGCAGAAGUCGAUGAGAUCGUGGUCCCGCACUUUCCGCAUGCCGGCUGGUUCACAUCGCCCGAGUACAACGCCAUGCUGGGCGAGCGCAGGUACUUUCGCGCGUGGGACGCAGCCGGCGCGGCACAUCGAGCCCACCUGCACGUGGUGCCACAUGUCUCGGAGCAGGGAAACCAGUUUUUACUUGCAGCCGAGUACGCCGAGCUCAAGAUUGCGCUCGCCGAAGCGCACAGCCACGAUCGGUCGACUUACACCGCGCGCAAGGCUGUGUUUGUGGGCAACGUGGUGCAGUCUGUGGCUGGAGCAAUGUAG